AUGUUUCCCCAAUUAACAUAUGCAAUAACUAUAAUUUUAAUGCUACUCACCCGCACAUGCUGUGCGUUCCGCAUAUUCCCGAGAGAGAGUGUUAUUAAGGGAAGAGCCCAGCUUCAACGCCGAGGGAUCGUUACAAUGGCUGAAAAAAUGGAACCUACAGCAAAGCUACGUGAAUGGGUAAUGCCUGAAAAGAAGGGUAAAUUCUUAACGGGCCUUGUAUUACGCAAUUCCCUAGCUGCUGACGCGAAGGUUGAAUUCGUACCUGAGAAAGGAAGGCGCAUCAAUUGGUAUUGCUGUGGACCUACAGUAUAUGAUACUGCCCAUCUUGGUCAUGCCAGGACAUAUGUUGCCUGUGAUACCAUAAGAAGCAUCCUGGAUCGUUACUUCAACUACGACGUACACCUAGUUAUCAACGUCACCGAUAUCGAUGACAAGAUCAUACAAAGGGCAAAUGAUGAGGGGUGCAAGUUCAACGAACUUGCGAGUAGAUGGGAACAUGAGUUCUGGGAAGACAUGACUGCACUUGGUGUGGAACCCCCAAAUGUCAUUACAAGAGUCAGUGAAUUUCUACCAGAAAUCAUUUCUUAUAUCGAGGCUAUCAUGAAAAACGGUUAUGCUUAUGAGGCAGAUGGUAGCGUUUAUUUCGAUAUCGAAGCCUUCCGCGCAAGUGAGAAGCAUGUCUAUGCAAAGUUGGAACCCAAUAGCUACAAUGAUCUCGGACGUAUCGCUGAUGGCGAAGGUGCGCUUGGCGAAGUAUCGUCACAUAAAAAGUCACCUCAAGAUUUUGCACUAUGGAAAAAAGCGAAACCGGGUGAACCGUUCUGGGAUAGCCCUUGGGGUAACGGCCGUCCAGGGUGGCACAUUGAGUGCAGUGCCAUGUGCUCAAAUAUAUUUGGAAAGGAUACCAUUAUCGACAUACAUUCGGGUGGUGUAGAUCUGAAGUUUCCGCAUCAUGAUAACGAAAUCGCUCAAUCGGAAGCAUUCAGUGAUAGUAACCAAUGGGUUAACUACUUUUUACACUUCGGUCACUUGCAUAUCCAGGGCCUUAAAAUGAGCAAGAGUCUCAAAAAUUUCAUAUCUAUCAAACAACUUCUUACAAGGUAUAACAAGAGACAGAUCCGCCUACUCUUUUUAUCGUCAAGGCAUGAUGGUACACUAAACUAUAACCCCGGACCACAAGGAAUGGCCGAAGCUAUUGCUAUAGAUGAAACAUUUUUCAACUUCUUUUCACUGCUGAAUGCGAGGUUGGACAAACGGGAGAAUGUACAAAAGCUGGAGGAACAUGACGUCAAACUAGCCGCCGAUUUCGACAAACUAAAAGAAACGGUACACGAGGCAUUCUUGGACAACUUCGAUACGCCAAAGGUGUUACAAGCUAUUUGCAGUUUUAUCAGUACGCUAAAUUCGUAUCUCUCUGCGCCGCAUGCCUAUCUUAAACAAGCCCAAGGGAUUAGUAUCAAAAACUACUUGUACAACAUACUCGAGGUUCUGAAAUUGAUGGACCCGGGAACAGAGUAUGGUCAAGAACAGUCUAAUGAAAAAACAGUGUCCGGUCCACUGUUGGAGCACCUGGUAGACCUCAGGGCUAAGACACGUCUAUUCGCGCAGAAGUGCAUGAAAACUAAGGAAGUUGACGUCGAAAAGACGAUUGAACUACUCAAGCACUGUGACAAGGUUCGAGAUGAGCAGUUGCCUGAGCUAGGUAUUCUACUUGAAGAUCGUGAUGAUGGAGAGUUCAUUGCUGAGCAGCAGAGUUUGGCGAAAACACCACCAUCUGAGUUCAUAAAUCGCAAAUAUCCUGGGAAGUUUGGGAAAUUUGACGAACAACAUCUACCUACACAUCUGGCUGACGGAACACCUGUAUCUAAGUCUGAACGGCAGUCGUUGUCUAAGCUGUUGGACAAACACACGAAGCAGUUUGUGAAGCGACAGGAUAAUGCGUCGACGAUGGCGGAACGUAAGGUACUCAACAAAUAUAUACCUCCUGAUUUCGAUCCGGCGGCGUUACACGCGAAUCGUGAUAUCCUUCGCAAUGAUGGCUACGGUAGAGGUAAAACUACCUUUGCAAGGCGUAUUAAGGGUGGUAUGAGCUCUAGGAUGCUCGAUAUCCGCAUGAUGUUCCCCUUUACAUUCCGUUGUGAAAGCUGCAGAGGUUUUACCUAUAUUGGUACCAAGAUGAACUCUAAAGUCAUGCGUCUGAAAGAAGAUACCUAUUUGGGUAUAGAGAAACAUCGGUUCUUUGCAAAAUGCCCUCACUGUAGCCAUCAGAUCAUCUUCAAAACUGAUCCGCAACAUGGAGACUACUUGCUAGAGUCUGGAGGUACACGUACAUAUGACGCCAACAGAGAUGCUGAGCUAGCUGCGGAAGCGGUAUCUAAGGAGGAGGAUGAAAAGGCUGAAAAACAAGAUAAAACCGAAAAGAUGAUGGAAAAGGCUGACCAUGCCUAUGCUGAAUAUGAGCAAUUGGAACGUCUGACAGCAUUAAAACGUAGAGCUGGUAGGAUGCGAGACCGAGAAAAUGCAGCAGAACUUAGCCUGCAACGCAUACUAAAGGAAAAGGAGAUACAGUUUGAACCCAGCGCUAAUGAUGAGGACAUCGCUCAGUUCCACAAAGAGCAAGAAGAAAUAUAUCGCAAAUACGCUGAAGCGGAAGAAGAUUACAACACCACAUCUCCAAGGUACACGGAACCAGAUCAUCAAAGCGGUUCUGUGUAUGUAGAGGAAGAACUUGAGGACGUGGAAACUGCAGUAGUCGAGGAUGACGAAAACGUGUCAAGCAUCGUUUUAGAAAAAAAUGUUACAACAUCGGCACCUGUGAAAAACAGCCCAUUCAUAUGCGUGAAAAAACGAUGUCUAGUCAUAGAUAAUCCACUAGGCGCAUACGACAGCGACUAA